AUUAAAGUAACAGGUCAUUGAGUGGAUGUGAGUGCAUGUGCUCACAUCUGUGUAAGCCUGGCUGCCAACUGAAUCUCUGGACCUAUUUCUUCCUUUCUUUCCUUGCUUCCUAUUACUCCUUCACUCUGUCUCUCCCUUGUUGGUGUUUCAUCCUUUUUUUCUAUCUUUCCGCUCCUCUGUACUCUAUUAGUGUACUAUUGGGUCAGUGUUGGUCAGGGCGCUGCGUGUGCAGUCAGGGUCAGUGCAGUUUGACUUUAAACAAGAGAUGGUUCUAGCCCUGGGCGAAACGUUCUCCAGCGGUUCACCUUCGGACACGGGGGGCACUGGAGAGGGGGCUGCACAGCCUGCCGAGGGGGCGGAUUCCUCCAGAGCUAUGCAGCAAGUUUUGGACAACCUGGGGGAGCUGCCCACCUCCACUGGGGCCAAAGACAUUGACCUGAUCUUCCUUAAAGGCAUCAUGGAGAGCCCCAUUGUUCGCUCUCUCGCCAAGGCUCACGAGCGUUUGGAGGAUGUGAAGCUGGAGGCAGUGCAAGAGAAUAAUGUGGAGUUGGUGAGUGAGAUUUUGGGGGACAUCCGUGGGCUGAGUGUACGUGACGACAGUGCUGCAGAACUUUCCAGAAUCCUCCAAGAGCCUCACUUUCAGUCUCUCUUGGAGGCCCAUGACAUGGUGGCAUCAAAAUGCUAUGAGGCUCCGCCCCCUUUAGAGAUGGCCAACGACGCUGCAGUAAACAACGCUCUCAUGCAGGCAGACGCUGUUAGAAUGAUCGGCAUCCGAAAGAAAGCGGGAGAGCCUCUAGGUGUUACGUUCCGGGUGGAGAAAGAUGACCUGGUGAUUGCUCGGAUUCUGCAUGGAGGGAUGAUUGACAGGCAGGGGCUGCUGCAUGUGGGUGACAUCAUCAAGGAGGUCAAUGGGAAGGAAGUAGGCAGCAACCCCACAGAGCUGCAGGACAUGCUGAAGGAAUGCAGCGGAGGAAUCACCCUCAAAAUACUGCCCAGCUACAGAGACGCUCCAUCCCCUCCACAGGUUUAUGUGCAGCCACACUUCGACUACAAUCCAGCCAAUGACAAUCUGAUCCCCUGCAAAGAGGCAGGGCUUGCCUUCAAAAGGGGAGACAUUCUCCAGAUAGUCAACAGAGAGGACCCAAACUGGUGGCAGGCAUGUCACAUGGUGGGAGGAGCUACAGGACUCAUUCCCAGUCAGUUUUUGGAGGAGAAGAGGAAAGCUUUUGUUCCAAAGGACUUUGACGGAACAGGAAUCUUGUGUGGAACAGUGAGUGAGAUGAUGUACCUCACUGCUAAGAACGCAGAGUUUGACCGGCAUGAGCUGCAGAUUUAUGAGGAGGUGGCAUGUAUGCCCCCAUUCCAGAGGAAAACGCUGAUUCUGAUCGGAGCCCAGGGAGUGGGCCGCCGCAGCCUGAAGAACCGACUGAUGGUGCUGCAUCCCACACGCUAUGGAACCACAGUACCAUUCACGUCUCGGAGGCCAAGGGAGGACGAGCGUGAUGGUCAGACUUAUCAGUUUGUGACGCGUCUGGAGAUGGAGAUGGACAUCAAGGCCGGACGUUUCUUGGAACAUGGCGAGUAUGAUGGCAAUCUGUAUGGCACCAAGAUAGAGUCCAUCCAUGAGGUGGUCAACACCAGACGCACCUGCAUCCUGGACGUCAACCCUCAGGCUCUGAAACUGCUGAAAACAGCAGAGUUUAUGCCAUAUGUCGUGUUCAUCGCAGCUCCUGAAUUCGAUACACUGAAAGCCAUGCACAAAGCUGUCGUUGAUGCUGGAAUCACCACCAAACAGCUCACAGAUGUGGACCUGAAGAAGACGGUGGAUGAAAGCGCUCGUAUCCAACGCGCAUACAGACACUAUUUUGACCUCACCAUCGUCAACGACAACCUAGAUGCUGCGUUUGAAAAGCUGCAGGCUGCUUUAGACAAACUGUGUACAGAACCGCAGUGGGUCCCUGUCAACUGGGUGUACUGAAGACACCUUAGUCCAGACCAGGGCACGUGGGAGUGCGUGAUUGAGUGAGUGUGAUUGUGUGAACUGUCACAGAGGUGAUGUAAGUCGGGCUAAGGGAAGUAAGGGACUGACCAACCUUGCAUCCUCUUUUCAGCUUCCUUCAAGCUCUGCUCUCUCUUUGUGCACACAAUGCAGUUUUUUCUACUCAAACUCAAAGGGAAGGGUACUUAUUUAUUUUGAUAUUUGUACAUUUUCAAGGAGAACUUUCUAUUCGCUCCAUCUUGGAAUUCAAAAAAAGGACGAAAAAAAACUGGCCAUGAAGAUUCGGAGGCCAUAUUUUUUAAUUUUUUUAAUUUAUUAUUUUGGUUCAUUUUUGUGUGCAAUUAUUUUGUCCCAUAUUUCUUUGGCUGUUUUUGUUGUUGCUCCUACACUAUUUCUUUUGUUUUAUACUCAGAUAAAGGAUUGUAAUGAGGAGUGUAAUAGACGAGGGCUUUAAUAGAACACAAUGGUUGUAAUUUAAUUUCUGUACUUUUGCACUUAGAGAUCAGACCAACUCUUAGACAAAGCCCUCUAAGUGCAAAAGCAUGGAAAUUGAGAAAUGGCCACUGAGUGUAGUUCCUGGCACCAAGAACCUGUUUACAAAAACCUGAACCUUUUAAACUGUGUUUCCACUAGAAAUGUUGUGUUUUGCCACAUAUCCACAAUAUAAAUGUGUUGUAAAGAUUUAAAUCCCAUGUACAAAACCGAUAUCACUGUCUACAUUUAGUUACAUACAGCCUAUUUUGUUUCUUACUUUUAAUUCACUGACUUUGUGUCUGUGUUUUUUAUUUUAAAUUUUAAAAAACAUGUUUAUUAAUAUCUGUUAAGUACUUUUUUUUAAGCAGCAUUGGUUUGUUAUGACCAUGUCUUUUAUCUGUAGAAAAACUUAUCGUGUUUGCCACUGUCAUAAAAUGCCCCAUGACCUG